UGCAAUAGGACAACGAGUUCCUCAUAUUUCUGAUUUAAUAAGGACUUCCACAGAACAAGUAUGCAGUGCCAGGCUUUGGUGGCUUUGUUGGGCCUUUCGCUUAUACUUUUUGGGGCAUCCACGGAGGCCAGCUACUGUCCCUGCAACCUUUUGAAGGCGGAGGUGUGCGGCACCAAUGGCGUAACCUACAAAAACCGAUGCUUUUUUGAGUGCACGCAGCGGGAAUACAAGAGGCUCGGACGAAAUCUAAACAUCCGCCGGCUGGGAUCUUGUCAAGCUAAUCCCUAUUUUUGAGUUAAUCAUUUUUGCUGACUCAAACGGAUAUAUAAAAAAAGUUUAAUUAGUUAAAUCGCCGACUUCUGGUUGCUUAAAACACAUUUGCAAUGCACACUUGUCAAAACUAGAGAUUCCAAGUUGUUGUGUUUAAGUGACAGCAAGUUAAAUAAAUCUUAUUUUAUUGUUUAGUUUACUAAACAAUUGUUUGCAAACUAAA